UAAAAUGAAUCGCUGACUCGAUGAGUGGAAGAGAGAGAGAGAUGAGGAGAAGGAAAUCAGGGAAAGAUGCAGAGAAACAGGCUACACUUGAAGAGAAUCCGGCGAAUCUGACUAAGAAAAGAAAGGAAAAUUGGAGGCGUAAAGCUCAAAUAGAAGCAAUUGAAAAUAAUAGAUCGGCGAGUUCAUCUCAAGAAGACGAAGAACUGGCAGCCCAAGUAAAAGAAGGGGGAUCCGGUUUCUUUGGUUGCUAUUUGCUGACGUCUCUGUCGCCCAGAUUCAAGGGUUGCACUUAUAUCGGAUUUACUGUGAACCCACGGCGUAGAAUUAGGCAGCACAAUGGGGAAAUAACGAGUGGUGCUUGGAGGACCAAGAAUAAGCGGCCUUGGGAGAUGGUGCUGUGCAUCUAUGGCUUUCCUACCAAUGUUUCUGCUUUGCAGUUUGAGUGGGCGUGGCAGCAUCCAAAAGAAUCAUUAGCGGUAAGAGAGGCAGCUGUGUCGUUCAAAGCCUUUGGAGGAGUCGCCAAUAAGAUCAAAAUGGCAUACACGAUGCUCACUUUACCCGCAUGGCAAAGGUUGAACCUUACUGUAAAUUUCUUCUCGACAAAGUACACAAAGCAUGCUGCUGGUUGCCCAAUUCUGCCUGAACACAUUAAGGUCCGAGUUUGUCCUAUGGACGAUCUGCCUUGUUAUUCUGGGAUUAGUUGGGAUUCAUGUGAGCACGAUGAGUAUGAUGAUGAAGAAUGCGAUAGAAUUGGUGGAUCCCAAGAGCUAGCGGAUGAAGGGUCGGUAGAAUCCAAUAGCAGUCGUAAUUCUACUGCAGCUGAUAUUGAAGAGAGCAUUGAACAAAAUGCCACUGGGAAAACUAAUUUGACAGAACAAAUGAUCAGCAAGAAGCACAAAUGGGAUCAAGGAACUACAAGGCUAAGGGACUCUCCCAGUCCCAAAGAAAAUCAUGGACAUUCAAGUUUCACCAACUUCCCUUGGCCAUCUUCUCCAUUUGGUAUCAGAUCCAAUAAUAUACUCGACUGCACAGAAGAUGAACUUAGAUUUGAAGACUCUGAUGUUACAUUCCAUCACCAAACCAAUAAGUUGCCAGAGACAAUAGUAAUUUCCAAUCAACAUCCAUCUCACGAGACUAGUGAGGUUGAGAUCAUAGAUAUAUGUACUCCUCCACCCCCUUGCAUCAGGAAUGCAAUUGAUAAGAGAACAACACUUUCUACUGCUUUUCCUGAGAUAAUUGACUUGACAGAGUCUCCCAUUUUUAUUUAAUUGUAAUGCUUUAAAGUUUUAGCACCCCCCAUCAUCAAUAAUCAAGAGUCUGGAAACAUCUCUGUUUCCCAGUGUCUUAGCUGUAGUUGUGUAUCAUUGUUUAGUGAUAUGUUUGUAUAUCUUACAGCAUAAUAGGAACUGAUGUGUCAACAUCCUAUGAUUUUCAUCUCAGAAAGGAUUUUUAAAAUUUGUAUUCAAUGUUAAAAAACAUAAUAUCUUGUGUGUUUCUA